GCUUGGAAAGGGGAGGGAGAUAAAAGGGGAAGCCUUCUCUGUCAGAAACACUAGAGUGUCAAACUUCCACACCCAUUCCACACAACAACACUAAACCAGUCUCCAUCAUCUCAUCGUUCUCAAGUUAGGACAGUCAAAAUGUCUCUGGUGUCAGAGUUCCUGGGUCAACUGUCUCUCAAUGUUGCGGGAAAUGAACCCACCUUCCCCACUGUGGUACCUGCUGUGGACUUUGACCCUGACAAGGAUGCUGCCAGAAUAGAGACUGCUAUCAAAACCAAAGGAGUGGAUGAGCAGACCAUCAUUGAUGUUCUAACAAAGCGGACCUAUGCUCAAAGGAGAGAAAUUGCUUUUGCAUAUGAAAGGAGGGCAAAGAAGGACAUGAUCUCCGCCCUGAAGGGAGCGCUGUCUGGUUCUCUGGAAACAGUGAUCCUUGGGCUGAUGAAAAGCACAGCCCAGUAUGACGCCUCAGAGAUUCGAGGAUCCAUCAAGGGCUUAGGAACAGAUGAAGACACGCUGAUUGAGAUUUUGUGCUCACGUAGCAACACUGAGCUGAAGGAGAUCAAGAAUGUCUACAAAGAGUUGUUUAAGAAGGACCUGGAGAAAGAUGUUGCGGGUGACACAUCUGGGAACUUUGCUAAGCUGCUCUUGGCUCUGGUUCAGACUCAGAGAGCAGAACCUUCCGCUGUUGUAGAUUAUGAAAAGAUCGAUCAAGAUGCCAGAGCUCUCUAUGAUGCUGGAGUAAGGAUUAAAGGAACUGAUGUGGCAACCUGGAUCUCCAUCAUGUCUGAGAGAAGUGUACCCCAUCUGCAAAAAGUGUUUCAGAGAUACAAGAGCUACAGCCCCUACGACAUGCAGGAAAGCGUUAUGAAGGAGGUUAAAGGAGAUCUGCAAAGGUCUUUUCUGGUGUUAGUUCAGUGCUUUGAAAACAAACAGCUGUUUUUUGCCAACAGACUGCAUGAUGCCAUGAAGAGUAAAGGAGCCAAAGAGAAGAUGGUGACAAGAAUCAUAGUGUCACGCUGUGAAGUGGACCUGAAGAAGAUCUGCUCUGAAUUCAAAGCCCAGUAUGGACAGUCUCUGCACAAGACUGUUUUGGAACACACCAAGGGAGACUAUCAGAAGGUUCUCCUCGGCUUGCUCGGCCAAGAGGAAUAAAAAUGGUUCAUGGUCAAUAACUUCUGGAAAGCUGGACAUCUCAAAAUAAUCAUGAAUAACACACUCACAUAAAACUCUGCAGCACAAGCACAUCCUGCUUUUUCUGCAGAGCAAAUUUAGAAGACGAAAUAGUCUUUUUGUUACAUGAAGAACCUGUACUGCAGCACACUUUUUAAUACGAAAUUUUAAAUAAAGACACAUUAUUGAAAUGAU